AUGUUGAGCGUAGUCGGCGGCGCCGCCGGUAACGGCGUCAAGGGUAACUCGCGAAUAAACAUGAUUUACGUCUUUAAUCGCAACGGCUGCAUCUUCUACCGGGAGUGGUACCGUCCGAACCCGCCGAACACGGACGACCACAAGCUCAUGUUCGGGCUCGUCUUCUCACUCCGCUCCUUCACCGCCAAAAUGGAUCCCAUCAAUGGUGCAUCAGGUGAUGGCUGUUCCUUCCAUGCCUUCCGCACGAACACGUACAAGCUGAACUACCUUGAGACCCCGUCAGGGAUUAAGAUAAUACUGGUGACAGAUCCGAAGAUGGGCGAUCUUCGGGAUGCUUUGAAGCACAUAUACACCAACAUAUAUGUUGAAUACGUCAUUAAGAACCCUCUUUAUGUGCCAGGCGAACCUUUCAGAUGCGAGUUGUUCAUAAAGACUAUCGAACACGCGAAGAAGCAUCGAGCAGAGCCAGUAGUGUUGUCGGUGCUGAGAGAGAACCUCGGCAAUGCGCACAACUCGGUCACUCUCUUCCCAGCGCGCGGCGCCAUGAGCCACGACCGCCUUGUGUACUCGGGCGACCUGUCCGCCGAAGACUUCAGAGCUGUUAAACAGAUUCGGCCCCUAUUACGCCUGGAGUACCUCCGAGGUCAAAAUGCGGCGAACAUCAGGCACGGUUUGACGGGAGAGGUACUUAUGAUGGUGGUGACUGAGUUGAGUGACGGCGAGUGGAACCAGAGACCAGGAUUGAGUUUCAGGUGUGGGCCCGAGACCGAGGCCCGAGUGUACAGCAACGGGCUGCCAGUGGGAAUCAACAUCUCCAGCAACUACCUUGCGAUCUCGCCACCUCCGGUUCAGCAAGAUGGGUCUACUCUCGACUUAGGUCCAUCCAUGGUGGAAUUGGUGAAGACCUGGGAGAAUAGAGCUCUCGUGCUCUCGCACAGGGAGCCUGGUGGCUAUCCUGGGGCUAAAGUCGCCGCUUUCACUAAAGUGGGAGGUCACCGGAACAAGAGGUCUCCCUCAGAGGCAGCCAUGGGGUCCGAGCCCGCGAUGGACCUGUUUCGGUCCGAGGAAAUGCAGCUGAUGCAGCUUAUUAUUCCCGCGGAAGCGGCGCAUGACACUAUUUCUUAUCUCGGAGAACUCGGCCUAGUCCAGUUUAAAGACAUGAACCCGGACAAGAGCCCGUUUCAACGAACAUAUGCGAACCAAGUCAAGCGAUGUGACGAGAUGUCUCGCAAGCUGCGGUAUUUGAAAGAGCAGUCUCUGAAGGCCGGGAUUCUCCCCACCCAACCGCGGACGCUCGACAAGGAUCUCGACCUGGAUGAUCUCGAGCUGAAGCUGAACGAUCUGGAGGCGGAGCUGCUGGAGAUCAACGGCAACGCGGAGAAGCUGCUCAAGACGCGCAACGAGCUCACGGAGCUCAAGCUCGUCCUGGAAAAGGCGGGGUCGUUCUUCGCGAGCGCGCAGAUGGGCGCGGCGGACUACCAGCGGGAGAUCGUGCGCGUGACGUCCAUCCGCGAGAGCACGUCCAUGGACAGCCCGCUCCUGCUCGAUCAGGAGAUGGCGUCGGAUUCGAGCAAGCGGCUGGGGUUCGUGACGGGGCUGGUGCCGCUGAGCAAGGUCCUCACGUUCGAGCGGUUGCUGUUCCGCGCCACGCGCGGCAACAUGUUUCUCAAGCAGGAGGUCGUGGACGAGCCCGUGCUGGACCCCGCCACUGGCGAAGAGGUGGAGAAGGUGGUGUUUGUGGUGUUCUUCUCAGGCGACCGCGCGCGCACCAAGAUCAUGCGCAUCUGCGAGGCCUUUGGCGCCAACCGCUACCCCUUCCCCGAGGAGCCCGCGCGCCAGCGCCAGAUGCUCGCUGAGGUGCGCGGGCGGCUGGGGGAGCUGCAGACGGCGAUAGACGCGGGCAACCGCCACCGCGACAACGUGCUCAACAGCAUCAGCGUCUACAUCGACCGCUGGACCUUGCUGGUGCGCAACGAGAAGGCGGUGUACCACGUGCUCAACCAGCUCUCCAUUGACGUCACACGCAAGUGCCUUGUCGCCGAGGCCUGGUGCCCCACCUCCGCGCUCGUUAAGGUGCAGGAGGCGUUGGAGCGGGGCAUGGCGGCGAGCAACGCGGCAGUGAGCACCAUCUUCCACACACUGCGCGCCAGAGAGUCACCGCCCACCUUCUUCCGCACCAACAAGUUCACCUCCGCCUUCCAGGCCAUCGUUGACGCCUAUGGAGUGGCGCGGUAUCAGGAGGCGAAUCCGGGCUUGUUCUCCAUCAUGACGUUCCCGUUCCUGUUCGCCAUCAUGUUUGGCGACUGGGGCCACGGCGCCCUCAUGCUGCUCGCCGCGCUCUGGCUCGUGCUCAACGAGAAGAAGCUCGCCUCCCAGAAGCUGGACGACAUAACGGAGAUGGCGUUUGGGGGGCGCUACGUGAUUCUGCUCAUGUCCAUCUUCUCCAUCUACACCGGCUUCAUCUACAACGAGUUCUUCUCCCUCGCCUUUGACUUCCCCCUCUUUGGUGGCACCGCCUACCACUGCCGCACGCCCGACUGCCAUGACUCGGGCACAGCAGGGCUGGUGAAGGACGGGGCGACGUACCUGUUUGGGGUGGACCCGGCGUGGAAGGGGUCGCGCACGGAGCUGCCGUUCCUCAACUCGCUCAAGAUGAAGAUGAGCAUCAUCCUCGGCGUCACCCAGAUGUUUGCCGGCAUCAUCCUCUCCUUCUACAAUGCCCAGUUCUUUAAGAAGCCCCUCAACAUCUGGUACGAGUUCAUCCCACAGAUGCUCUUCCUAGGCUCGCUCUUCGGUUACCUCUCGCUGCUCAUCAUCCUCAAGUGGAUCACCGGCUCCCAGGCGGACCUGUACCACGUCAUGAUCUACAUGUUCCUCAACCCCGUCGAGCCGCUGGGCGACAACGAGCUGUUCUACGGGCAAGGCACCGUGCAGAUCGUGCUGCUAUUCAUCGCGCUCGUGUCAGUGCCGUGGAUGCUGCUGCCCAAGCCCCUCAUCCUCCGCGCCCAGCACAUCCAGAAGAUGGCAGGGCGUACGUACCACGCGCUGCCAGGCAGUGAGGGCGAGGCGGGGGCGAGUGGGGAGGAGGGGGAGGGCGAGGAGGAGGAGGAGUUUGAGUUCGGGGAGGUGAUGGUGCAUCAGAUGAUUCACUGCAUUGAGUUUGUGCUCGGUGCCGUCUCCAACACCGCCUCCUACCUCCGCCUCUGGGCUCUCAGUCUGGCACACGCGCAGCUCUCUGCAGUCUUCUACGAGCGAGUCUUGGAACCUGCCCUUGCCUCUGGCAACGUGAUAGCCAUUCUGAUAGGGUCGUUGGUGUUUGCAGCAGCCACAGUGGGCGUGCUGCUGCUCAUGGAGACACUCAGUGCCUUCCUGCAUGCGCUCAGGCUGCACUGGGUGGAGUUUAUGAACAAGUUCUACGUCGGCGACGGCUACCAGUUUGUGCCGUUCUCCUUUGCCGCUUUGCCUGAUGAGGAGGACUAG